UUUCUCUCUCUAAAUUCCAAUUUUUCCUUUUGCUCAAAAGGGGGAAGAUGAAGCAAGUGAUCACAAGUGCAACCAUGAGCCCAAGUUGUUCUAAGCACAGUCUACAUAGAGAUUCACACACAAUAUCCAAAUUGAAGCCGAAAAUCCGAAUAAUUCAUAUAAUAGCACCAGAGAUCAUCAAAACAGACGUUGAGCAUUUUCGCGAUCUUGUACAAAGGCUCACGGGGAAGAAUGCUGCACAACAAGUCAAAGGAAAAAAGACGAAAAAGGACAUAAGCCAAAGGAAAAAGAACAUAGAAUCAUCACCACAAGAUCAUCAUCAACAACAUCAACACAUGAACAUGUUACAAGAUACUAAUUACAGGAUGAAAGAGGAAGUAAGUGAAGAUACAUAUGGAAGUGUUGAAAAUUCAUCAAAUGGGUUUUUGAGUGGUUUUGGAUCAAUGGAAGGAUUUAUUCAAGACUUAGGUGAAUAUCCUCUAUUUCCUAAUUUCAAGCCUACUCAGAUUAAUAUGUUUGGUGAGAUGCCCCUUUGCUAAGAAGAAAAAAUUUCUUAAAUUCUAUGAUAUUUCUUUUAACUGAAUAGUGUGCAGGAAUUGGGUGACCAUGACGACUUCUUGAUUAUAUUUUUUUUUGGUUGGAUUUGGAGUGGGGAUAUAGACAUAUAGUGUG